AUGGAAUAUUGCAUAUUUAUAGAACUGAGUGAUUGGGAUAGUGCUAGGAAGUCGUACAGUUUUUUCAAGGCACCUUCUUGUGAGCCAAGUAUUCAAGAAAGUGGUUAUACGGAUAAUUUUGUUACUAUAAAGGGGGCGGAAGUUAGCACAGUAAAGGAGCACAGUGAGGACGAUAGUAAUCAACUGCUAUCUAUAAUAGAUAUGAGACUUAAAGAUGAUAAAAUCUUGGCUCAGUGGAUGGGGCAUGGGACUAUCAGGUUGUUUAAAUGUGGCCAGAGUAAGACUGAACAACAAGAACAUGGGCAUGAUGACACAGAAGUUGAUUUGAUACAUGUUCCCGGAGAUAACUCUAUGUGCUGUAUUCUGUUUACGCCUAGUUAUUUGAGUAGUGAUGAUUUAUUGCACUGGUUUUUAGGACCGAUGGUAUUAGAUCAAGUAUCGCAUUUUAGGCUUGUUAAGUUGCAUGACAAGAAGGGAGAGUACAUGGUGCUUAUGAAAUUCCGAAAUCAUUUGGAUGCUAAAAGAUUCCAGACUGAGUUUAAUGGCAAGCAAUUCAACUCUCUAGAACCUGAGACCUGUCAUGUCGUGUUCGUGAAGGAAAUAGUGUUCAAGGAGAAGCUAUUUCCAGACCCUAAUAAGGAUUUCCCUUAUCUAUUGCGAGACCCCUUCACCAAUGGUUCUGGAAUGGUAGAGCUUCCAACAUGUCCGGUCUGUUUAGAAAGGAUGGAUAGCGAUACUACAGGACUAAUUACUACAGCAUGCCAGCACACCUUCCACUGUCAGUGUCUUGAUCAGUGGAAGGGUGGCCGUUGCCCCGUUUGCAGAUACUCGAACGCCAAAGAGCCUUUAGAAGGAACCGAUCAAGCUAAUUGCAACGUUUGCGGUAGUGGCGAAAACCUUUGGGUAUGUUUAAUCUGCGGACAUAUGGGGUGUGGCCGCUAUAAUUCCAAACACGCUAUUCAGCAUUAUGAGACAACAUCUCAUUGUUUUUCCAUGGACAUUACCACUAACAGGGUAUGGGAUUACGCAGGAGAUAACUAUGUCCAUAGACUUGUUCAAAAUGAAGUUGAUGGAAAACUUGUCGAGAUCGGAGGAUCCAAUAAACGUAACCAAGAAUAUCAUCUGGAAUAUGUCCAAGUCUUAGUAUCCCAAUUAGAAUCACAAAGAGAAUAUUAUGAAAACAAGCUUGAAACCCUCGCCCAAAAAAACACUUCCUCCAUUACAGUUCAUAACCUUUCCGCCAAGUUUGAUAAUCUAAAAAUAGACUUCGACAGGAAUAACAAGAAGUAUGAAGCACGUAUAUGUGUAUUACAAAACCAUCUGAAGGAGGAGAAACUCAUCAGCCGAGGACUCAGAGAAAACCUUGACCAUAUGACAAAAGAAUGCGAACGUCUCACCCAAGAAAAGGACCAACAAAAGUCAGAAGUCGCGGCACUUCAAGAGACAAUGAAUGAUUUAAUGCUUCAUUUCCAAUCAAUCGAACAGCUAAGUCAGGACCCGGAAGCUGCACAGGGAACCAUAGUUAUCCAAAAUCCGGAUCGACCCACGCCGAAGAAGCUCUUUAAGAAGAAGAAACCACCACACAGAUUUGGUAAAUAA